AUGGUAUAUAGCGGACAGGCAGCCGGUGGUCAUUAUCAACACACGGGCUCUGGUGAAUACAUUUGCCUCCCAAACGACCCCGAGUAUGACAAAUACAAUCAAAUCAAUGACGAUCAUAGAUCACUGAUGUAUGGGGCUGAGUAUGAAACACACCAAAAUCCUCCAGCUUUAGGCGAUCUCUACGAUAAUGACGCACCGUGUUCUAUUUGUCUUGCUCGCGGAAAGACAACAUUGAUGAUACCUGGCCGCACAUCGUGCUACAACGGAUGGACCCAGGAGUACCAGGGGGAGUACCAUUCCCAUCAAGGGAAAGGAUAUGUCUGCAUGGAUAGAAACGCCGAGGCGCUGCAUUCCAGCUUUACCCACCUAAAUGGAGCCCUGUUAUGUAGUGUCGAAGGUCGGUGUGGUACAUUGAAAUGUCCUCCGUACGUCGAGGGAGCAGAACUAGCCUGUGUCGUUUGUUCAAACACAACAUGA